CGCUUUGUUUCUGCUGUAUGCGCAUUUGUUUGCAUCUUGAGAUGAACGCAUGGUUGGCAAUCGUAGUGGGAACCACGGCUGCUCGUGGACGCACAUCUCAGCAGACGUAACAUAGUUGUGGGAGUAGUGGAACAGUGCUAUGGAUGCUGCAAUUUCGAGAGAUGCAGCAGACGCUGUCCGUGUUGUUGCGAUGGACAGGGGAGAUGGCUUCGCAAGAGAGGGAGGGGGAGGGGAGGGGGAGGACCCUAUCGCGAUGUGUGACGCUGUGGGCCGGAAAAGUAGUGGAAACAGUGCUAUGGAUGCCGCAGGCAGUAAUGAUUGGCCAGCCACUGCCGAUGUUGCGAUGGUUACGCGAGGCGACGACAACGACGAAUUGCCGAGAGAGGGAGGAGAGGACCAGACCCAUAGCCUUGUCAGCCGAUGGAUCCAACUGAAAUUUGACCGGGAGCCGGAGUGUGUGUCAUUUGUCUAUCGACAAUUCAGGCGAGGAGUGGAACAAUCGACGCAUUGCGGGGGCGCUUGUGUCAACGACAAAGUGAUUCGACAAGCACCAUGCAGGAACAACUUUUUGCGCGGAAUUCGAUGGUCCCCGGAUGGUGCCUGCCUCCUGGCCAACUGCGAAGAUAACAAAUUACUCAUUUACGAUCUCCCUGAUGAGAUCGUCGAGUCCUGUGCUCUGGACUUGUCAGCAUCAGAUCUGAAGGACUCCUUCGAUCCAACGGUCGUCGUACAGGAGGGUGAGAAUGUAUAUGACUAUCAGUGGUUCCCUCUGAUGACGGCGUCGGAUCUGGCGACGUGUUGCUUUGUUUCAACCACAAGAGAGCAUCCUAUACAUUUGUGGGACGGCAUCACAGGACAAUUGCGAGGGACCUAUCGUGCGUAUGAUGAUAAAGACGAGAUCUCUGCCGCAUAUAGUCUGGCAUUUAAUCUGGACGGCAACAAGCUGUUUGCUGGGUAUGGCAAAAUGCUACGGGUGUUUGACGUAUGCCGUCCUGGGAGGCAAGACCGCGCCUUUUCGACGCGCACCAAGUCCAAGGAAGGCCAGGUUGGAAUCAUCUCCUGCUUGGCGGUGAAUCCAGAUCGAUCAGGAAUCCUCGCCGCAGGAUCGUACGACCGAUCGACGGCUCUGUAUGUUGAAGACACCAUGGAGUUGUUGUUCGUCUUACACGGACAGGUCGGAGGAGUAACCCAUAUCCAGUUUUCACGCGACGGCAAUUACCUUUACACGGGUGGGAGGAAAGAUCCCUACAUUCUCUGCUGGGACAUCAGGCAGACAUCAGGCAUAGUGUAUUGCAUGGAGAGGGUGACAGGCACGACCAAUCAGAAGAUGGUGUUUGACAUCGAACCGUGUGGCCGCCAUCUGGCGACCGGAGGAGAGGAUGGGAAGAUCAGAUUGUUCGAUCUUCAGGUGGGACAGCAGGUGAGCUCCUACAGGGGUGCAAACGACACAGUCAGUGGGGUUACUUUCCAUCCUUGCCUCCCCGUCGUUGCGUCGUGUUCGGGCCAAAGACGGUUCAAAUGCAGUGCAGAAGACGACGAGGAUCGUAGAAGAGACGACCCGGGUGGUGGGAUGUUUUGGGAGAUUGAUCAGCCAGUUGCUAUCGGCACGUCGAGUCCAAUGGAGAAUUGUAUUGCACUAUGGCGUUUUCCGUUUUCAUGGUAUACUUUGGCAGAGCAACCGAUGUUGCUGACUGCGGGGGCGGCGGAAGCAGAAGACGGGAGGUGGGAGCUUAAGACGACGAUGCAAUUGGCUUGCUUUGCGAUGAAGGGUGAAACGACCAUGCAGGAAUCCGCGGCGCAUCCUUCGUCCACAUCAGUGAUCGAGCGAGCCUAUUCGGCAUUGCUCGUUGAUGUUGGGGGCACGCUUCUCGAGACUGCAGAGCCCGUGGAGGUCGCAUAUGCUCGUAUCGGAGCGAAGUAUGGUGUCCGUGUUUCAAAGGCGGAGAUCAAGCAAGGUUUCAGGAAGGCGUUCUCGGAGCCAUGGCAGCAACGGCUCCGCUUUGAGGGCAAUGGGAAACCUUUUUGGCGUUAUGCUGUAGCACUGGCCACCGGGUCUUCCGAUGAGAGGCUGUUUGAAGAACUCUACCAGCAUUAUGCGAGCGUGCAUGCUUGGAAGCUUGCGGAUGGUGCGGCUGAUGCACUUUUGCGGCUUCGCGCUUCUGGCGUGAAAUUGGGUGUUGCGUCCAACUUUGACAGUAGGCUGAGACCUUUGCUUCAACAGCUUGGCAUUCACGAUGUGUUCGACACGAUCAUUGUGUCCUCAGAAAUUGGUCACGAGAAGCCAUCGCUGGAAUUCUUUAGGAAAGCACUAGAGUGCCUGCACAUUGAGAAUCCCUCUACGGUUGUGCACGUCGGCGAUGAUCCUAUUGCCGAUAAGCAAGGGGCCAACAAUGCAGGAAUAGAUUGCUGGUUGUGGAAGAUAGAUGUGCUGUCCUUUUCAGAGAUUGCAGACAGAAUACUUGGCCCCAAGAGAGGAUCAGCAGUCAUCAUCUCUCCAGAUACUUGAGUCCUGUGAGUGAGGCACACACAAUUCACCUAUUAUUUCAUGGAACGAGUUCUGUUUUGGUGAUUACCUCAUGCUGCACACCCACAGACAAACACACACACACACACACACACACACACACACACACACACACACACACACACACACACACAGGCAAAGAAGAUAGAAGGGGACAUGAGGGAUAUGUUGCUUGCUAUAGAGGUUAAGCUGUCUCAUUGUUGGGUUGGCUCACCUUUAGUGUGCUUCAUUGUCUGCAAUAGAGGUAAAAAGCUGCUUCGAUUGUGCACCACCCCUGUUUGCUGCUAUUUUUGGAAUGAUAGUGAUUUUUUUUGUUUUUGUUUUUUUUGACCAUUUAAAUCAAGGGUCAGAUUAGGAAAAAAAGUAUUUGAAACUUCAGAAGUGCAGAGAGAGAGAGAGAGAGAGAGAGAGAGAGAGAGAGAGAGAGAGAGAGAGAGAGAGAGAGAGAGAGAGAGAGACCAGUGCUGGAGGGUGCUGGGGGUUGCUGGUGGGUUCCUGUGGCGCCGGGGGAUCCUGCAGAAGGGUUGGGAGCGCUGAUCAGGGAAAAUUCUGUGCUGGUCGAUUCGGUAGGUCGCUCUCGCCGUGUGAGUACCCCCCGCCCCCCGACCCAGCAUCAAACAAAAAACAAAGCGGCCUAGCUCAG